AUGUAUUGCAUGUCUUUAUUACAAUGGAAGAACUAUGACGUGGUUAUGUGCAAGUUUUUUCCGGCAAGUCUAGAAGGCGAGGCAAAGAACUGGUUCUAUACUUUGCCCGAUGAGUCCAUUGGCAACUAUGGCUUCCUAGUGGAAACAUUUCUUGAAACCUAUAUGCAUAACAAUAUUGCUCUCACAAGGGUAAAUAAGCUAUUCACACUGGCACGAAGGUUCGGGGAACCCUUAAGAUCUCUAACGGAUAGGUGGAAGAAGAUGUGUAUCGAUAUCAGAAAGGUCCCUGUCGAUCAACAGAUCUUCGGGUUUGAAAAUUCAUUAGGAAAAUCCGACCCUAUUUGGAUAGCAAUGUACACUGAAAACCCACAAACGUUAAGGGAGAUGAGGAAGAUGCAAGAGCACUACAUCGCAUUGGAGGAGAUACAAGAGGGGGCGCAGGAUAGAGGAGUACAAGAAGUCAGUGCGCCUGUCCCUCAGGGAGAUCCCAAACGAUCAAAGAAAAGGCCGAUUGCACUACAACAAGUCUCGGACAAGAAGGAAUGGGUCGAGAAGGGAAAUAAGCCCCGUCACGAACCAAGAACUUACAUGCCUCUAAACGCACCAUUAAAAGAAAUAUUCAAGGAAGUAGAAAAGAGAAGCGACAUUAGAUACCCCAAGACUAGGGGCAUCCAAUUUGACGAGACAAUAAAUCAUCCCGAGUUCUGCCAUUACCAUCAGUACCGAGGCCACUCGACUAAAAAUUGUCUAUAG